UAAAUGAAUAGAACAUAGCUUUAUAAUCACGCAUUCAUCCGCGAUUUAAAUUUCAAAUUUGUAUUUAAAAAUAAGCGCAUUCCAUAUCAAUUUAUUCCAUGGCAAAUAGACCAUCUAAAUCCGGAUUGGCAGCCGAGGAAGACAAAAAACUUCAAAGCAAAUUCGAUGAAGAAAUAGCUGGAGAUGUCAUGCUAUGGUUGAGUGAAAUGUUAGGAGAUGAGGAAAUGGAAACAUCUGGUGAGAAGGACAAAUUUCAUGAAACACUUCGUGAUGGUAUCAUUCUUUGCAGAUUGGCAAAUGUCCUUAAACCCAAUUCGAUUGCUAAAAUUGUGGAAGAUGGAUCCAUGUUUCAUUACAUGGCGAACAUCGACGCGUUUUUGAAAGUGGCUAAAACCUUGGGAGUCGCGGAUCAAGAAACCUUCCAAACGACCGAACUAAUCGAAGGGACCAAUCUCUACGGUGUCUUGUGUUGCUUACUCGCCUUAGGAAGAAAAGCUUAUGAAAUACCUGGACUAAAGGGUUUUGGAAUCAAGGAAUCGAAAGGCGAGAAAAGGGAAUGGACUAAAGAACAAAUGAAAGCCGGAGACACUGUACUAAGUCUGCAAUACGGAUCUAACAAAGGGGCCAAUCAGAGGGGCAUGAAUUUUGGAAAUACCCGCCAUAUAUAAGUCCAACAUGCAAUCAUAACCUAUAAAAAAAUUCCCGACUUUAUUUGUCAGUUAUUACUUUUAUACGCAAUCAAACAAUUUAUAUAAAUAAAUAAUUUAAAUGAAAUGA